GAUGCCUUUCAAGAAAUUCAGACCGAAGUUCUCUAUCUACCAAGUUUGCAUUACUAUACUCGAAGCAAGACAUUUGCCACAAAAUGCGAAUCCGCUGGUCGUCGUCAAAGUUGGAAAUCGCAAGAGAAGGACAGUGUUACGUGAGAAGACUGACAAUCCUAUUUAUAACGAGUACUUUGUAUUCGACUUCACAUGCAGUUUGGACAAUCUGCUAAACACGAGAAUCACGAUAGCGGUCUAUCUGCGCAACUUUGUUCGGCGACUAAAGUUUCACGGAAACACUUCCUUCGAAGUUGCCACAGUAUGGGAACAACCAGAUCGUCAAUACUAUCAUAAGUGGGCUGUGUUGACAGAUCCAAAGGAUCUGACGGCGGGUCCGAAGGGUUACGUAAAGUGCAACAUUACAGUGAACGUCAAGGAUGAGAAAGUCAAGGUGCAUCCAGAAAUAUUAGAUGAAGACGAUAUCGAAGGGAACCUCCUGCUUCCUAUCGGUGGUGAGAAACUGCCGUUCAGGCAACGUGCUCGAUACGUUUUCAUUGUUUAUCGCGCCGACGGUUUACCCGACAUGAGCAGCUUGUGCAGAAAAACUGAUUUCGAGAACAUUAAUCCCUACGUGCAAAUAUCAUUCGCUGGAAUGAAGGGAUCAACGAGUGAAGCAUGGCAAACCUACUGUCCGAAAUUCUACGAGGCCAUAAUUUUCAAGGAGAUGUUCCCCGUUCUCUGCCAUCGUGUGAGAAUCACUAUAAAACACCGUAUCGACAGUUGCCGGACUUGCACCGUAGCGGUACAUAUCCUGGAUACAACAAAGAUCUCGAAUUCCGGAGAGUAUGGAUUCCUGCCGACUUACGGGCCGUCUUUCAUCCACUUUUACGGAUCCGGCUCCGUGGAAAAGAACGGCUGCUCGGGCAAAUGCUUGACGGCAAUGCCUUUGUAUCGCGGAAGGGUGCUUCUGUCGCUGAAAACUGAAAUGGAUGACCUAGAAGCAUCCCCAGGAAUCGGAGUUGAAACCAUUCCAGCAUCUCCCAUUAUUGAAGAGACAAGAUUAGAUAAACUGGAGACUCUUAUGGCUGUUGAGAACCCUAUAGCUUUCGAAGCUUACAAUGAAACGAUUCGCACAUUAAAAGCUCACUGUGUGCGAUAUUUAGACGCGUUGGACACUGGCAGGUAUGAAUCCAAAGAAGGAACCACUAAACUCGAUCGCCAUCGUGCAAGUUUGUUCCGUAAAAAUGUCGAAGAUAUACUUACGAGGAUUAAGAUCAACGGUGAACUUCCUAAUAACAAUUACAUGAGGAUUGCGAUGAUUCAUGCGUAUCAUUAUUUAAAAAAAUUGAGGACUCUGUGCGAUGAUCCCCAACACAGUCUUCCGGAUGUUUUCGUCUGGAUGAUCGCUGGCUCGAAGCGAGUCGCUUACUCGCGUCUGUCGGCCGAGCAGAUCGUCUACUCCGAAGAAGUGACCGAAAUGGGCGGGAAAUGCGGUCGGCGAAUCAAUCUGUUCCCCAGGAAUCCGGACGACGAAAGCGAGCCUGUCGAAUAUAGCGCCUGCAAAAUCGAGGCAUUUUUGUGGCUCGGCAACGCGAGGUACGCCGCCGCAUGUUGGAGCGCAAUUCCGCCGGGAUACGAGAUCGAUCACGGCAGAAAUGUCGACACGUUCCCGAAGUACAUCGAGUACAAUCAGUUCUCGACGUUUCAGUUGAGAGCUCACAUAUUCCAAGGUCGCUUUGAUCCCGGAAUGGACGCUUCCGGCUUGUUGGAUUCAUAUAUACGAGUCGCGUUUCAAGGAUACACGGCUUCCACGAGGGUGAUAAGACAAAGUUUAGAUCCAUUUUGGGACCAGACAUUAAUUUUUCCUCCAAUUAUUUUGCAUGGUAGUAAGGAAUAUACUAAAUUUCUGCCACCCGAAGUCGUCUUGCAGGUUUUUCAGCAUGAUUUAUGCAGCACGAGAGAAUUCUGUGGCAAGUGUAUCGCGGUGCCAUUAGUGAAACUCACCACGGAAACUUACUCACCGCCCGAUUUUCCACCGAAAUUAGAGUGGAACAAAUUCCAACCGCAGAAAGAUUGCACCGGGUCAGUUCUCGCCGCUUUCGAGUUGAUAGAACUAAAUUUUAAAGAAAUUUUAUGAUGACCCUUCUUCAAAAUUGAAAAAUAAUAUAUAUACAAUAUACCGGAUAUCAGACCGAAAAUGACGAGCUACAGACUGGAGGUAAUCUUUUGGGGUGUUCGCGAUAUGAGAAAGAUAAAAUAUAUACCGGUACGUAGGCCGAGAAUUAUAGUGGAAUGCGUCGGAGUGCACAUCAAAUCGGAGGUGAUGAAGAACGCUAGGAAAUACAGCAACUUUGAGGAACCGCACAUUGUGAUUGAACUGGAAAUGCCGGAGCUCGACAUUUACUAUCCGAGCAUCACUAUAAAGGCUUACGAUUCGCGCGGAUUUGGCUGCUUCAAAUAUGCUGGGAUCUGUAUUAUCCCUAACAUCCGUGUCUUCCUGGAGCAAUUAAUAACCGAGGAAGAUUAUGAUGUGCAGAUAUACGAGUCGAAAUUCAUGCAGAAAUUCCAGUUGGCAAAACGGCAGACGGCAAUAGUGUUACCUUUGCCGAUCGAUUAUAAUCCAUCGAAGGAGGAGAGCAAAGGUCUCAUUGCGUAUAAGAGAAUGGCUGCAACGGACAUCCAUUCUAAGCUGAGGAGGCUGCUCGUAAUCAUGAAGGGGAUAUUAAAAUUCAAGAUCUUUACCAAGAGAAAAAAAGUGGAAAUUUACAAAGAUAGCGAUGAUGAAACUCUCGAUUGGUGGAGUAAAUAUUUUGCCUCCCUUCAGGAAGAGAGAAAUAGAGAAUUGGGAAUCACGACAGCGUAUCGUCGUAAACCCGUGGUGACGUUCAAGGUAUUAUUUAAUGCACUUCCCAAACUAGAGUGCUUAGACACUGAAAUCAGAUCUAUUCCACGGAGUUGGAGACGCAGCCGCAGUUUGAAGGGUUUCAAGACCGACUCCGCACAUUUGAAUUAUGGCGUGGAAGGAAGGGUGAAAAUCCCGAGUAUGCCGGAGAUAAUUACGCAGGCAAAUUUAAGCGUGUUCGAGAUGGAGGCAAGCUUCCCACAGGAUUAUAUGUUGGAGGUUCAAGUGUGGGAUUUCGAUGCUACGACGGCUGAUGAUUUAAUCGGCGUGACGCGGAUUGAUAUCGAAAAUCGAUUUUACAGUCGGCAUCGGGCGCACUGUGGAAUCGCAAAUGUUUACAGCACCGCUGGUUACAACACCUGGAGAGAUCGAGAGAAACCUGCACAGAUUCUGGAGCUCCUCUGUAGGAAGAACAAUCUACCGCCACCGGAAUACGGAGAACACGAGAUUAAGAUUGGCAAGCAAUCAUUUCCCUUUCACGCCGUGAUUGAACGCGAAGGCGAAGUCGACAGAGAAGAAUGCAUGGCUCUCAGUGUGCUUCAUCACUGGCAAGAUUUUCCUAUUUGCGGAUGCGCGCUGGUACCGGAGCACGUCGAGAGACGGCCACUUUUCAACGUUAAGAGACCCGGUCUUGAGCAGGGCAAACUCGAAAUGUGGAUCGACAUGUUUCGAAUAGAACAAUUGCCACCGAAACCGGCGGUCAACAUCGCUCCCCCAAUACCGGAGGAAUAUGAAAUUCGCGUUAUUGUUUGGAAUACCGAAGACGUGCCAUUGACUGAGAGCCAAUUCCUCACCGGAGAAAAAUGCUCCGACAUUUAUGUCAAAGGAUGGAUUCAAUACGAGGAUUACCAAAAAACCGACAUCCAUUAUAACUCCCUGACCGGUGAGGGUAACUUCAACUGGAGAUUCGUAUUUCACGUCACGUAUUCGAAAGGCGAGAAUGUCAUGAUAGUUCGCAGAAGAAUGUCUGUGUUCGCUAAAAAUGAAAUCGAGGAGAAGUUGCCUUGCAAGCUUCAUCUACAAGUCUGGGACAGUGAUCAUUUUUCUUCGGAUGAUUUUCUAGGAGAGUUGACACUGGACCUGUCCAGAAUGCCGCGUGGAAGUUCAAACUCCAAAAACUGUACGCUGAAAUUACUCGAACCGCAAUUACCUACAAUAAAUUUAUUCAAAGUUAUUCGGACUAGAGCUUGGUGGCCUUUUGUACGUGGUAUUGACAGCGGCAGAUAUAUUCAAGCGGGUAAAAUUGAAAUGGAAAUAUCCGUGUUGAAAGCAAUAGAUGCAGAUAAUCAACCGGCAGGCAAAGGAAGGGAUCCACCUCAAAAUCUUCCACCUCCGAGACGACCCGAUACUUCAUUCUCUUGGUUCCGCAAUCCAUGGAGAGCGUGUUGUUUCGUCGUUUGUCGCUAUUAUAAAUGGCGAAUACUAUGCUGUCUUACGUGUACACUACUUGUGCUUUUAGUAGCAUGCGGGAUUUACGCUUUUCCAGGAUACUUCGUUAAACGUCUCUUAGGCGCUUAG